UACGUACGAAAUGCCUUCCCAUCGACCAAAGAUCAGGAAACUCCUAGCAGAAUAUGGUUUCAGUAUUAUUGUGUCACAACAAGGACCAUUAAACAACAAGGACCAUUAAAAUAUUUAAACCAUUAAAAUUAUACAAUUUCGAGGAUUUAGAUGCAAAUACCUAAAAAUGGGCGGGACUUACCUUACCUAGUUCAAAUUAAAGUCGCAAACUUUUCUCAGAACAUUGUGAUAAUCUCGUGAAAUUUUGAUCCUUCACAAAUUAAAAUUAACACCUGUGAAGUACACAUACUUGCUAAUUUCAUAUUAAAAAACAUUAGGUUAUGAUAUUCUAUAUCUAUAUCUACAGGCCAGGAUUUACCGUAAAGCAUUCAGCUUUUUUUCAGGCGACCGGAAUAUGAAAAUUACUAUCUUUGGCACGUCAGAUGCAAUUGCACAUGCAAUUCUCGAGCCCAAAUUCCGUUGCAGUGGACAGUCUAUAUAUUUGCUGGAUGACUAUUCAUCUGAAAAUAUUGUAGUAAUUGCAAGACCGUCUCAUUCAAUUGGUGGGCAAGCAGAAAAUCUCAGCCAACUCACACCUACAAGCUGUUCUCUUCCAAUCAAAUAGUUUUAUGUGGUGUGAAGAGUGACGAAACAACAUUUUCUAUCCUGAAAAUGGUCGAAAAGUUAGCACUCGACACAGCAACUUUCGGAAGUCGCUUCAAUGACUUAUUGAAAGUGCCAUGCAAAACUAUGAAGGCGUGGAUCAGCAGUGAAGCCGACGAGCCCACCACUGAGAUUGGCCCAUUCACCAAAGAAAAAUUGAAGAACGGCUAUCAACAAGGCCAAAAUGGCGACGUCCAUCACGGAGCCGAAUCUCUCUUUUUGGCUUGAAUCAUUGACGGAGCUUCUAGCAAUUCCUUGUCACUCGAUUGUGAAGGAUCUGUCAAAAGAGGCAAUGGUCAUUUGCCCGGUCUUCCGAAUUUCAAGGACUUUCACAAAUUAUGGUCAUGUGCUAUACGUGUCACAGAAGCCACUCGGGACGAAACCGAUGAAAUUAACAAUUACGUUAUGCACGAUUAUGAAGCCAGAGACUCCCGUGGUGCCUGAAGUAAGCUAUUGUAUUUUCCUACAAUGGCAUUGUUCUUACUAUUAGAAAUUGAUUUUUUCGGCUAUCAUCUAAAUUUUUCUUCAAUUGUUAAAAGUUAAUUCAUUCAAAAAUAUUAUGUUUUUUUACGAUUAUGUAUUGUAAUUAAUAAAAUAUUCUUCUCGAAA